UUGUAUCAAUGGUUCUAACUAGCUCAAAUUCAUACCAUAAGUAUAGUUGAUCAAAUCAGAAAGUAGCAUAGAUAUCUAUAUUAAUAUUUUGAGUAGUUGUUAACAUGUAUAGAUUACUUCCUCAAAUAAACACUCAGAUUUGUGUUUUACCUGAAUCCCAAUCAACGUCCCCAACAUCUGAAGAUCAUCGUAAUGAGUUUUUAAGUGAAGCAAUCUUCGCUGGAGAUAGCUUCUGGGAUCUUGAAGCUGCAUUUGGACGUGUAAAUGGAGUUUUUGAAACGGCUACCGGAUAUUGUGGAGGUACUGCAAAAAACCCUUCACACGCAGAGGUAAUUGAAGGAGGAACUGGCCAUGCUGAGGCUGUGAAAGUCACAUAUGACAAGACAAAAAUACCGUACAAAUCUCUGUGUGACAUGUUCUGGGAAACUCAUGAUUCAACCAACAGAAAUUACCUCAACUUUGGAUUAAUAGGAAAGCACCACAGAUCUGCCAUAUUUUACAAGAAUGAGGAAGAGAGGAAGCCAGGUCAGGAAUCAAAGAUUAGAAAGCAAAUGAAGCUGAACAAGAGGAUUGUCACCAAAAUCAUUCAUCUGAAUAAUGAUUCCGAGUUUUUUCUAGCAGAAAAUAGGAAUCAGAAGUAUUAUUUGCAGCAAAGGCAUUGGCUUUGCCAGAGCUUGGGCCUGAGAAGCACUGACCAUUUCGUUCAGUCAAACAUUGCUUGCAAACUCAAUGGAAUCUUAGCUAUGGAAGGAAAAGAAAUCAUAGAUAGAUUGAGGAUAUUAUUGAAAACCCAGGACCUGCCAAAGGAGAGUAAGUCAGCAUGUGAAGAGAUUAUCUUGGAAUUAGAAUCAAAUGCAGAUGAUUUUGAAGAUCCACGAGCCGUAUAGAAAGCUACGUACUGAUCAAGCAGAAAGCGUUUCCAGUACUCUUUUUAAUUUUGUGGAGGGAAAAAAUAAAAGCUUGGGUGAACGUGCCAUAUAAAUUUAUAUUUUACACAUGACAAUGGCAAUGGCAGAAAUAUGUCAACCAAAAACAUGGACCAUGUUUAGUGCAACACAGUAUACAAUGGCAUGCUUUUGAUAGACCAGAGCUCUUUUUGGAUCAUGAUCCGAAGUCAUAGCAUGUACAAUACAUCUCAUAUUUUUCCAACA